GAAAUUUCCUCGUCUCAUGCAAGGCAGCAAACGGUCAUUUCUCUCGUACGGCGUUAUUCUACCAGCUAAGGCUAGGCUUCUCAAGUGGAACCCAAUCGGAGUUUGAGAUGCGGGACGGUUUCUCAGCCUUGGAAGUCGUGGUACAGUAGUCGUUUAUAAGAAUCUCCGAGCCCGUACUACGUCGGUGGGUGAUACUUGAAAUAUUUUCCAUCUCACAGUCGUUCGUUCGUUCACUUUGUGUCGUUGUCACUCGUUUGUUUUGUGCAAGAUGGCUAUUCUUCCAUCUCGUCCUUCGUGGACUCAUCAGUUCCUGAAUGCGGUGUUGUGCGUGGUGACUUUUACGAUUAUCUUUCUAUAUUUCCGCAGAUAUGUGGCGGCGUUCCCGAUUACACUUGAGAGUAUAUGGCAGAUUUCGUUGGCGGAGGUUAAUAGACGGAAGAACGUCAAGCGGAUUCAGAGGAUUACGCCUGUGCUGGAUGAGGAGAGUGGGAUGGGAGAGAAGAAGUCCGUGGUGAGGCAUAUGGCAUCUGUGGUGGGAUACCGGGAAGAGCCGACACUGUUCAAGAAAUGCUUGCAGAGCUACCGAGGAUCUCCAGGACUGGAGAUCGUGUUGGUUGGCAUUGAUGGAGAUCAAGUUGAGGAUAUGGAAAUGGUCCGGAUUGCAGGAGAGGUCUUCCCAGAAACCAUGGUCAAGAUCCAUAUCGAAGAACCCUACGGCCCCCUCGCAGUCCGCCUCGCCCAAUCAUACAUCGACCGUAAACUGCACGACGAAAAGAGCAUGGCAGACAAACAAGACACUCGAAUCGACGACGCCAACACUCUUCCUAAAGAACUUCUCGAAGAAUCAUACAAAUAUGCCUGCAGAAUGGUGUUCGAGAAAGCAGUUGCUACAUUAAAGUCUCACAACGUCCUCUCAGUACCCGGUUCUGAUCUACGAGCCAUCUGUCUAUAUCAACCACACAAGUGCAAGAAAGACAUCAUGUUCACAAAUAUGAUCUUCACUCUUGCCCUUGGACAGGCAAACGACAUCGAAUACCUCUGGACCAGCGACUCCGACACUUGGGUAUACCCCGAAACUCUAUACCAAGUCAUCGGAUGCAUGUCUGCGGACCCUUUGAUAGGAGGAAGUUGCUCUGCCCUCUCAAUCCACAAUGGACACGAAAGCGUAAUUGCCCAACUAGGAGCAGCGGCCUACUGGACCGAACUCGCCAUUACGCGUGGUCAAACCGGCGCCGUAGACAGCGUAGAUUGUCAACCGGGCCCAUGCGCCGCAUUCCGUCUCAUCGCUCUCGAACCCAUCCUUCUGAAAUGGUACACGCAAACCAGUAUCGGGAUCAAGACCGUAGUCAACGAAGACAGACAUCUAACCACCAACCUAUUGCUCAAUGGCUGGAAAGUCACAUUCAAUACCUCGGCUUUGGCAUCUACUGAUACACCAACCACUCUCCUGCGCUGGCUAUUGCAGCAAAUUCGAUGGGCGAGAGCAACGCACAUCGAGACCUUCCAGUAUCCGCAAGUAUACUCCAUCCACGGACCUAUCCUGUUCGUCACCGCCAUGCGACGCUUCUACGGCCCUCUUAUUAUCGGAGUCUUCACCAUCCGCUACGUCCUCACUGGGUACACGGUUCACACAUACUCCCUCAUCGAUCUCGUGGGCCGCAUCAUCCUCUGCACGGGCUAUAAUUACGCUGUAAACGGGAAGAACGUAAAUGGAAUCACCUACCUUAUCUGCAGUCAGAUCUUCUACCAACUCCCGCUUCCAGGCAUCAUGUUUUGGUCCGUCCUCACAGUUCUAGAAGGUGGCUGGGGAACCAGGAUGAGAAGUCAAGGAGAACAGCGGAAGGAAAGAUGGGCCGGGCUAGAGAACCUGUGGAGUACGAGCGCGGUGGUGCUUUGGAUGGGGUUUGUAGCUGCUGCUAUUGCGAGGUUCGUUGCUUGGAGACUGGUGCCGGAGUUUAUGGUGCCGUUGAUGCUGGUUAGUGCUAGUGCGACGGUGGGUACGUUAUAUUACAAUCUGUUGGCUUGAGUCCUGGUUUCGGUUUGCGAGCAUCGAUUUCAUUGCGUGGCGUUGGGUGGAAAAGCAUAGAUAGAAGCAUGGGAUGGGGUAUAGACUUGAUGACAUGGGCUUCUGCCCUCUUGCCGUCAGGCUUUGACACAUGUUGAUAGAAAGAAAUAACGUCAAAAAACUCUCAAUUUAAGGAUCGAUUCGCUUGGCUGCGGGAUUUCAGCGGAGUCACUGGUGUAUCUCAAUAAGUGUUGGUCCUUGGAAGAUUAGAAGUUCUACGAGCGUUAGCAUUCUAAUCUUCUCUAGCGAGUUGCAGAUUGUGUAUCUAUCGGCAAACUUUAUUGUGUUUAGUCCUUCGGUGUGCUGGAGCUGCUCUUUUCGCUUGCGCAAAUAAACCUGUAUGGCUGCAAUUGCUCACAUCAAGUAUGGUCAGGCGGGGUACAUCGUCACGGCAGUUUUAUGUUCCUCAUAAGAUUUUGAAUACCAAUUCUGUU